AUGUCUGGUUCGCAAGGUCGUAAAUCCUCGGAUAAAAUAUUCAAUUCUGAAUCGAUAUCGAACUUAACCAAACCACAAUUGUUUUCAUUAUAUGAUGAAGAUAUUACCAAUCCAACUGAAUCGAAUUCAUUAUAUCAAAUUGUCAAUGAUUCAAAAUUGAAAUCCACACAAGAUAAAGUUCAACUAUCUAAUGAUAAUAGUACAUUAUUCCAAAAAUUGAUUCAUUUCAUUUUCAGUUUAUUUGUAUUAGGUGUAUCAGGUAUUAUUUAUUUAGAGAUUUCACAAAAUUUACACGACAAUCAUCAAUUACAUUCUAGUUUCACAUCGAAGCCUGUAAUUGUGAUCAAUAAAAUAAUUAAAUGGGUAUUUAAUGAUAAUAUUCCAUUAUUAUUACAACAUGAAUGGAUAAUAUAUGCUAUUGAAGGGAUUCUCUUUGGAUCAGUGAUACCAAUCUUAGAUUUAAUUUUCUUACAAAAGAGUAAAGCUCAAUUAAAAAAUGAUGACUCAUCAUUGUUUGGCAUUUUAAGAAUUGUCAAUGCAAUGUUAGGUGUUGCAUUUGGUAUUCGUAAAUUAGAUUGGUCCUCAUCAUUACAAGCUGCAGGUGUUUGGGGUCUAUUAAAUAUUGUGAUGUGGCUAUUCUUUGAUGGAACCAUCUCGUUAUUGAUGGAGUCAUUGUUAGCAAGUAUAGGUGUUACUAUAAGUUGUUUACAAGAGUUUCAAAAUAUUGAUAGUACCAUAAUUAGAAAUAGUUAUGAAAUUUCUCAAUUUUUAUAUUUUGAAGAUUUUUAUUUCUUAGGGUUUUUAAUUUUUGGUAAACUUGGUAGAUAUUUAUUCUUUUAA